GAUAGUUGACCCAAAUUGACACGUGAAAUAACGCGGGAAAUUUGUUGCAUGGUUGUAGAAAAGAGUUAUUGGUGCAUGGUGUUGUGUUUUAGUAUUGAUAAAACCGAGAGUAUUUCAUAGGAAAAUGAGUGGGCAGGCAAAAAUAUCGUCUUUCUUCACACAGAGUACAAAGCGUGCUAUCAGCACUCCCGGAGAAGCUACGCCAAGGACGCCCAGCCCAAAGAAAUUUAAAAUGGAUAAGAAAGGAGACGAUGCCUCAUCCGUGAAAGAGAAUGUAGAAAUCAGUCCCAAUACAUCAUCCAUCCCAUUAUCACCAGAACAGAAAUCUAAAAUAGAACAGAACAAGUUAGCUGCGAGGGCUAAACUAGCCACUAAGGCGUCGAACGGUCUACUGGUAGACGUAGGGUUGUCAUGGGUCAAAGCGCUAGAGCCGGAAUUCUCAAAACAGUAUUUUACAGAUCUGUCAAAGUUUGUAAUGUCUGAGAGGAGCAAGUUCACGAUAUAUCCCCCAUCACACGACGUUUUCAGCUGGACAAACUACUGCAGUAUUGACAAAGUUAAAGUUGUCAUUCUUGGACAGGACCCUUAUCAUGGACCGAAACAAGCUCACGGAUUGUGUUUUAGUGUUCAGAAAGGAGUGACACCACCACCAAGUUUGAAAAAUAUGUACAAGGAGCUGUGUGAUGACAUACCUGGAUUUUCUCAACCUGAGCAUGGUACACUGAUAGGCUGGGCGAAUCAGGGGGUGUUGCUUCUAAAUGCCUGUUUAACAGUGAGGGCUGGACAAGCCAACUCCCACAAAGACAAAGGAUGGGAAAAGUUCACAGAUGCCGUCAUAUCAUGGCUGAACAAAAACAAGAAAGGGUUGGUGUUCAUGCUGUGGGGGUCCUACGCUCAGAAAAAAGGAGCUCAUAUUGACAAGAAGAAGCAUCAUGUGUUGUCUGGUGUCCACCCCUCUCCACUGUCAGCCCACAGGGGAUUCUUUGGGUGCAAACAUUUCUCCAAGUGCAAUGAACUUUUGAAGAAGGAGGGGAAAUCUGCCAUUGAUUGGAGUAACCUGCCUCCACAAGAUUAGAUCCAGGCCUCAAGUGAAAACUCGAUCUUAUUUUGGUUUGAGAUUUUUUGGCUCCAUUGCAUUUAUAGUGACUUUUCAAAGUGAUGAUUUAUAAGUUGUCUACAUGUGUUCAAGGAUAUGUUCUCAUAUGGCAGCAAAAACCAGUUAUGUUCAAUGAAGUAUAACAUAUGUGGGGAAAUUUUGUAUACCUUUUAUAAAGUCUUAAUCAAUUUAUUUUGUUAUAAUCAGCAUUGUUGAUUUUAACUGUUGAAUUUCUUUGUAUAAUAUUGAAAUUUUAUAUAAAAGUAGAAAAUCUAA